UACAGAGUACUCCUAAUAAUCCUUAAGCUAGGCCUAGUUUAAGAUAAAAGGGUUUUGGAAAUCUUAAACUUACCUUCACUUAAGGCCAACCAAAAACCGACAGCGUAGUGUUCACUGUAGGGUGGGUGGUACCCCCAAACGAGUAGGUACUCAAGUUUGGUUCUUGGAUCCCUCAUCCUCUUGGUAAAAAUCCAAAGUUUAUGGCUACUGCGGUAGAUUUAGGAAGGGAAUUGAUAAGGCGAAAGAUUAAACUUGCCUAUGGAGGAGGUAGUGUUGGCCUUCAAGGAGCUGUUGCUUCAACAGUCUUUACCAAUGGUGGUCUCGUUAGAGGUUUCAUUCCUGGUUACAUAGCAACACGAGGUGUCUACGGACCUACGUACGGUGUAGAGCAUACAGUUUCCAGCAACUAUUAUAAGUAUUUCGAGAUGAAUCACGCCGUGGAAGCUUUCAUCAUUCUUCCCGGAGGAGUUGACACUAUGGAAGGUUUGUUCACCUUGAUCUCGUGGGCUUCUGAAGGGUUACACAAUAGACCCAUUGGUCUUUUGAACAUUGACGGUUAUUUAAAUAACCUAAUCAAGUUUUUAGAUGAUGCGGUGAGGCAGAACUUCAUGGCUUCCAGUCAAAGAAAACUUUUCAUUUCUUAUUUCUUUGUUGGUGAGCUUUUAGACAAGUUAGAGUUCGCUAAAGCUUUUCUGGCUUUUGGGGCUAAUUAUGACGAGUUUGCAAAUCCCGGGGGAUUAGACUUAGAAUUGCAUCUGUAACUUUCCUCAUGUAAUCCAAGUUGUAUCUUGUGUUGCAAUGAUAUUUUCCAUAAAUAUUCGCCUAGGCU